AUGGCGCACACCGUACACGACAGUUUCCGUCCGAUGGAGCUUUACUUGAAGGUCACCGGACUUCUCCCAGUGUUUUGGCGGGACAAUCUUUCGAUCACUCAGCGCAUCGUUAACGGGAUCGUUCUGGGAUUGAACCUUGCCUAUUGUGUGGCCGUCUUCAUAUUCCUGUCACAGAAAACGUCAUAUAACGAACUGAACUUUGUUCAGCGUAGUCAGUUCCGCAAGGUUUUAAACUACUGCUUCCCGACUGUGGUAACCGUGGCGGGAAUCGCCGUAGCGGAUCGCAUCCGCAAGGUUCUUUGCUUGCUGCACGAGGUUGACUGUGAGCUCAAAAGAGCAUGCUGCUGCUUUGUUGACCACGGAAAACAUCGUCAACAGAUUGUACUAUACGCCUGCUGUUACGGAAUAUCUGCCUUUUCAUUGUCGCUGUUUUACCUGUACGUAGUUCCCCGUCCAAUCGCUAUCGUUGUUUGCAACAUUCGAUACGACAUGUGCCUGGUGGCGGUGUGCAACCAGAUUUGCAUCAUCAUCUGGCUCGUCUGGACGCGCUUUCGGGAGUUGAACAAUACGUUAAGGUACAGUAGCUAUGAAUAG